CUCUCUUAGGUUACUGUUAAAAAAAUGUGAUACAGAAAUCGAAGAACUGAACAUUGAAUAAAGUGAUAUUUCAAUUCAUCACAACGUAUGUUAAGGUGGUAUGCCUAAGCUCAUUGUUCAAUAUUUAAAGUUGAGAAUAGUUACUAUGGAUUAAGUAAACUUUAACAGGGAAAACAGAAGAAGCGGCCGCUUCAAAGGGAUAUAAAUACUCGGCGGCGCCGGUCCGCGACAACGUACGGAACUCUUCAUCUUGACAGCCAAUCUUUCAGUAAGAUAGACGGUAUAAUAGUUGCAGCCAAGAUUUCUUAUAACUUGAGGCAUUAGAAGUCCCAGUUUGUUAUGCUUCAAUAGCAAUGUUAAAAGUAUUUUGGAUGCAAAAGUUGAAAAUGGGUGAGCUGUAUAUGUAUAAGAAAAUUUCAAGUAACUACCACAAUGUACCAAGCAGCAUUGCAACAAUGUUUUAAUUCAUUCCAAAAAGUAAACUUAUUACAAUAUUAUCAUUAUAUCCUUGAAGUUUUUUCUUGUCAAUAAUCCAAACAAUCUAUACGUUGUUCGAUACCAUGACCUUCAGGUAAGCUAGAUAGGGAACUGCGCAAGAUCAACUUUAGCUAAGCUUUGGCUCCAGUAAAAUCUUUUAUAACUGAUAUGUUAUUGGUAAAUUAAGGCUUCAAAUUUACCGUCAUCGUAUUAAUUAUUAGCAUUUUUAAUAUCACUAAGUCGCUCUUCCGAAGGAAGUCCUUAAUGUAAGCAAUUAUCGUCAACUCUCUUAAGUCUUGAGAGUAUUAAUUGGUUAUUUCCAGAGUAACAAACUUGUACUUUCUAAAGCAAUUUCCAGUUUGAAAUGGACCUUAUCUAUUUUUUUGUACUGAGUGGCGACUUUGUCAAACCUAUGUCCAACGGACUCAGUUCGGAUAAGAAUUAUUUAUCUGUAGAAUAAUAUUCUCGAUGGACCGGGUGGGCGAUGAGAACGUGGAUAUUUCGGGCCAUUAUCACGCGCCCACGCUUCGCUAUUGGCAGAAAAAUGUUACAAAAAUACAUCGUCGCAAUUUACAGUCAGUUUUAUACGGGGUCAGCCACUGACAUUGAUACCAUCUAUGACCGUCUUAGCACAAAGUUAAAUGAUCUCUUAUUCCUGGUGAUAUUAUGUAGUGACCCUUUUAAUUAGGGUUUGUUGUAAGUUUUUUCGUCUUGAUUCUUAAAUGAAACCAAAUGUCGUAGAUCUUGUUUUAACAUUGAGUCUUAUCUGUAUCCCUUAUCAUUAUUACUGAGAACCGAGAGACAGACGUAAUGGAAGAUAUGUGUUCCAGAGCAGUGCGUUCUCUAGCCCGUUUCCGGUGGUUGUUUACAAAAAAUAUAAUAUAAACUCUUGUCCAAAGCGGCUAUACGAACCGGCCGGUCGAGAUACUUGCUACGAUUAAAAAUCGUUACAACUUCCGUUCGGGUCCGAGACGCGGAGCAGAGCUCCAGAUAAAAAAGAUAAAUAAGAAAAAUAACUUAAAGAUCGAUACGGUGGAACGGCGCUACCUGUUUUUUCACUGUGCUUAGCUUGCGGCCAUCAUUCUUCUCUUGAAUGUACAGUCCACAGUCGUCAACUAGCCACCUAUACAAAGGUUAUGCUAUGGCGAAUAAACAAUCUUGUAAGAAUGGCUCUAAGAUGGAUAAACUUAUGGCCGCGUGAAGUAAAGUUAAAAAUAAACCGUCAGUGGUCUUCAGAAAAGACAAUAGGUCGGUAUAAUACCUACUACAUAACAAAAUCACUGUAAGAAAUAACGUUAGACAUCGCUUUAUGACUAAUUAUAUAGGUACACUUGCUUACAUUUAGUAACAUAUAGUCGUGAAUUAAAAUAGACAUUACCCGACUAUACCCGAUUAUAAAAUAGACAUUCAAUGAUCGUAAUCUAAGUAGACAUAUUAUUUUGGGAGAUUUUUUAGAUAAUUAUGUAAAAAUAUACCCUCUAAGAUGCAAAUAUCAUAGAUAUUUGAUUCAAUAUUAAGUUAAGAUUCGUUGAGGAACUCUAAUAAAACGAUCGAUUCCUUAGAAGAUUUAUAAUACUAAAUGAUAGCGCCGUCUGAGUGAAUUAGCAUCACAUGAUGUCAUGUAUCCGGCUGCAUCCAUAAGAGGGGCUAUAAAUCGAACGGGUUAGAUGUUUUACUUUAGUGCAACCGGUAAUGGAAGAUAUCAGAUUAAUAAAAGAUGUCGAUGAGACCGGGCAAGAUGCACAGCAAUUUCACGAGUGCUGCGCCAUGAUAAUUAAGUGUUCGAACGGUGUGUCGUGGUGUGCGUGGGCUCGGCGCUGAGUCGAUACGGCGCGGAGCAGGCAUAUCAAGUCUGGUAACUAUGCGGCGUAACUCCGGUAGCGGCGCAACAGGUCUGUGGAGGGACGCGGGCGCGGGCGCGGGGCGGUAGGAAAUCCUUCGCGCAUGCACGCACACAUUCACAUUUACGUGUGUGUGUACCAUCCGGUUUUGUUUGCGUGUGAGCAAUGUGUACAGACGACGCUCGCCUGUGUUGAAGCUGUAUCGAGUCGAUCGAUCAAUGAGCUCGACAUCGACUCCGACUCUUGCCUGCAUGCAACUCAUUGAUUAACGCUAUGAACGUGGAAUUGUUUAUUCAUUCAUGAUAAAUAUUUUAUAUCAAAUGGACGUUUUUCUUAUCCGUAUUCUAAGUCCUUGAUUUUUUCCUUCUAUCAAAAAGCUGCUUCUGCCUUACUCUGAGCUGUAUUUCGAGCGCCCGGUAUAUUCAACUUUAGACACUAUUCCGUCGACUUAAAAGCUUGAAUAGCCUGUAUAAUGACUGUAAAAUAGCAAGACUGCUUCAGAAUAUUACCUAUAUGCAAAGUUUUAAAUACGUAUUAGAUUUAUAUAGGUAUAUGAAUGUAUUAAUUAUUGAAAUUGUUAUAUAUUGUCCGUAGAUAAUCUAGGAAUUAUCGGCUUAGGUAAAUCUUCCCAGUAAAACAAUAGUAUAUCUACUUCAGCCACUGAAUCAACUUUAAUUCAUUUGUUUCAGAUGCUGAAUCAAUAUUCCACGUAAUAUGUAGGUGGGGACGAUGAGGGAACAGGAAGGCGACGGCCCGGAGAGCCGUUAGCCGUACUCGAUGGAUGAGUAUGGCGGGCCGGCGGCGCCGCCCCGGCCGCCAAAGCCGGCGGCGCGCGUCCACAGGCCGACGGGCGCGCGCCAGCCCACCGUGUCGUUGCUGCGGCCACGACCUGAGGCCGAGCGCGAGCGAAACGCCUACGUGGAGGCUCCACGGCGAGCUCACGCCGUGCCCGUGCCUCCCCAUACGGCCGCGCAUCAACCUCUCAAGCCGGUGACGACGCAGCCGGCCGCCGCGGCCGACAAGCGGCGCGCCGGCGCCCUCCCGGCCGAUUCGAUAGUGUGCGACACGUGCGGCCGCUGCCGCUGCGAGCAGUGCGCGCGCCCGCGCCCGCUGCCGUCCCGCUGGCUGUGCGGCUCGUGCCUGUGCAGCGCCGAGGCGUGCGUCGACUACGCGUCGUGCAUGUGUUGCGUGAAAGCGCUGUUCUACCACUGCGGGAGCGGCGAGGAGGAAGCGGGCGAGCCGUGCGCGUGCGGGCCGCGGCUGGCGUGCGUGGGCGCGCUGGCGCUGCCGCUGCCGUGCCUGUGGCUGUACUGGCCGCUGCGCGGGUGCGCGGCGGCGGGCGCGGCGCUGUACGCGCGCUGCCGCCGCUCCGGCUGCCGCUGCCCCGAGCCCCCUCCGCGGCUCUCCAGUAUUAUCUAGUCCCGCCGCGCGCCGCCCGCGCCCUCCGAAGCGCCGAGUCGAGCGGCGCGACCGCGUUGUACAAAUAUUUAUUUGCGAGCGGAGAGCUUCGGACCGCGCGGGGGUGGACUCAGUGAUCGCUGUGCCUGGUGCGAGUGGUGUGUGGUGGCGCGGGGCCGGCGUCGGACGAGUGCCCCGCGCUCACUGAGUGAAUCGUCUACGAGUACCUUGUAAAUAUAGUCGUAUAGUGUGAAUGUACGUGAACGUGUCGCCCGAACGUCGAAAGUCUCAAAUUUUCUUGAGACCGUAACGUGUCAUAAGAAAACGUUAACGUUAGUAUUUUGGAUUCCACAAAAAUCCA